AUGACUUCAGAGAACUUCACCUGGGCCAAGGUUGCUCCUGCUGAAUUCAUCCUUCUGGGAAUCACAGAUCGGUGGGACCUGCGUGUAACCCUCUUCCUGAUCUUUCUACCAGUGUACCUGGUGAGCCUGCUAGGAAAUGUGGGUAUGGUACUGCUGAUUCAUGUGGAUGCCCGGCUCCACACACCUAUGUACUUCUUCCUGGCCAACCUCUCCUUGCUGGAUGCCUGUUAUUCUUCAGCCAUUGGCCCCAAGAUGCUAGUGGAUCUGCUAGUGCCCCAAGCCAUAAUCUCUUAUGCUGCCUGUGCCCUCCAGAUGUUUGUGUUUGCAGGACUGGCAGACGCUGAGUGUUGUCUCUUGGCCGCCAUGGCCUAUGACCGAUACGUGGCCAUAGGAAACCCUCUUCUCUAUACAACAGCCAUGUCACGGCGUCUGUGCCUGGCCUUGCUGGGAGCAUCAGGCCUGGGAGGGGCAGUGAGUGCCUUUGUCCACACAACUUUCACCUUCCGCCUUAGCUUCUGUGGCUCCCGGGAGAUCAACAGCUUCUUCUGUGACAUCCCUCCACUGCUGGCUAUCUCAUGCAAUGACACCAGUCUUAAUGAACUCCUCCUCUUUGCUGUCUGUGGCUUCAUUCAGACAGCCACUGUCUUGGCUAUUGUCGUGUCUUACGGUUUCAUUGCUGGGGCUGUGAUCCAUAUGCGCUCAGCUGAGGGUCGUAGGCGAGCAGCCUCUACCUGUGGCUCCCACCUCACUGCUGUAGGCAUGCUGUAUGGGACACUCAUUUUCAUGUACCUGCGUCCUAGUUCCAGCUAUGCCCUGGACACUGACAAGAUGGCAUCUGUGUUCUAUACCCUUGUCAUUCCAGCUCUCAAUCCACUCAUCUACAGCCUCCGGAACAAGGAGGUCAAGGAGGCUUUCAAAAGGACAUGGAGCCGAUUCUGCUGUUCUGGCCAAAGGCACUAG